UUCUCAGUCAGUUCAACACAGAUGGAAAGAUCUGCAAAUGUACACAGCGCUUAUAAAAAGUAACACAGUGUGGCUGUGUUUGUCAGAGAAUUGACAUUAAUUUACUGACUUCAGGACCAGUUUACAACUCUAUCUGCCACAUGUAACAAUGAAUUCCCUGCUUCCUAGUUUAUCCUGCUGGUUGGAGUUGAGGAUCAGAUGGAGGAAUUGAACACAUCAAGAGCAGAGCUGCACCAGGUGCAGACAUUAGAACUGAAGACUCCAACUCCUCUGGACGUGGAGCCACAAUGGAGAUGGUUGCUGUCCAUGGUGCUGGAUUCUGCUCCCUAUAAUAAACUGGUAUCUGCAGUCAAAUCAGGAAUUCACGAACCAGACUGAACGUCGGUGCCAAAGGUUACAGUGUAUUUUCUACUAUGCCUUAUUAUAUAUUGUAUUACACACAGGCUUUUAUUGGUGACUGCUUUGCGCAUGCGAAGAGGCAACCUGAGGCCACUUGCUCUAACAGAUGACCGUUUCCAGAGCAUCGAUGGCUCUCAACGCGCACAGCUGAAAAUGCGCAUUUUUACAUAAACAACAGAUUGAAACCUGCUAACACGCAUGCCCGUUGCUUUUUUUGUUUGUUUAUUUCUGUUUAUUUCUAUUUCUUAUUAUUUUCCUGCCCGCCUCUUCUGGCGCUACGCAACAAGCUGCAGCACCAAUGUGGAGUGGAACCUGAAGAAGCAGUGCCACCUGUAACUGUGCCGCCGCCGUCGCUCCCGACUUUCCAUGCCGACGCCGAGGAUGAAGAAGCAAAACGUCCGGACCCUGUCACUGAUCCUCUGCAUGUUCUCCUACCUGCUGGUCGGUGCCGCGGUGUUUGACGCGCUGGAGUCGGAGACGGAGAGCUCCCGUAGAGGCAUCCUGGAGAAGAAGCGCAGCGAGAUGAAGAAGAAGUACCGCUUCUCCGAGGACGACUAUCACGAAAUCGAGCGAGUGGUGCUGCAAGCUGAACCCCACCGAGCCGGCAGACAGUGGAAAUUCGCGGGCUCCUUUUACUUUGCCAUAACAGUCAUCACCACCAUUGGUUAUGGACAUGCAGCACCAGGCACAGAUGCAGGAAAGGUCUUCUGCAUGUUCUACGCUGUUCUCGGCAUUCCUCUUACUUUGGUCAUGUUCCAGAGCCUGGGGGAAAGGAUGAACACAUUUGUCCGCUAUCUCCUACACAAGACAAAGCAGUGCCUGGGCUUCAGACAUACCGAGGUGUCCAUGGAGAACAUGGUCCUGGUGGGCUUCCUGUCCUGCAUUGGAACCCUGUGUGUGGGAGCUGCAGCCUUUUCCUACUAUGAGGGAUGGAGCUUCUUCCAUGCUUACUACUACUGCUUCAUCACGCUCACCACCAUCGGCUUUGGGGACUUCGUGGCCCUGCAGAAAAAGGAGGACCUCCAGAAGAAGACGCCCUAUGUUGCUUUCAGCUUCAUGUACAUUCUGGUGGGGCUGACCGUCAUUGGGGCUUUUCUGAAUCUGGUGGUGCUUCGUUUCCUCACCAUGAACACUGAGGAUGAGAGGCGAGACGCUCAAGAGAGAGCUUCACUGAAGAGGGACAGGGGCCUUCUGGAUGGAGGCCUCGGUCUCCGAGUUGUUGGUGAGCAGAGCAGAGACAGCCACAGGGAGAUGAACAGGGGCAACAUGGUGCACAGCCAGAGUACUCUCUUCCUCCCGAUGGGGGAAGGAACCAGCCGCACCAACCUCAUCUCCUCCCCCGCCGAGGAUCAGGAGAGACGAAGAAGCCCCUGCAGCCACCGGCUACAUUUUCAGAUCAAGGCGGGCAGACACAGGCAGGAGUCGAGCCUCGGCUCCCUCUGCUCCUGCGUUUGCUACCGCUUGGGGGUCUGUGACAGCCCUCUUGUGUCCCACAGUGAACACCAUGGCUGCCAUAUCAAUUCUGUUUACUACAAUUCAGUCUCCUACAGGAUCCAGGGCUGCUCGCCAGGUUCCAGGGACAACACUGGACUCUCCUCCCCGGGAAGCACACUCUCACCUGGGCCCAGCUUUCGGGAGUUCCCUCGCUUAAGGAGAAAGUCAGUGUAGAGAGCGUCUUUAUGAGGGGAAAGUGUUUGCACAGGCUGGAAACAGUAUUUUGAAAGACACUGAAUUUAGUGUUGCAUUUCUUUUGUGCACGUCAGAAGACACAGAUUCUGUUUUAUGAAUAAGUUGACAGUUGUGUCUAUUGAAAAUAGUUAAUUUGUACAGUAAGGAUGAAUUUCUUCCAAUUUUGCCUUGACAUUAUUUCUAUUAGUGAUCUUCGGUUUUGCUCGCAUGUCAGCCACAGUGCAGUGCAUGCUAACUAGAAUGUAUAGCACACAAUGAGAAUGCAUGAGUAUGAUGUGAAGACAUAUAAAGUUGGGCUCUCAUUCUACAAUUUUGACAAGAAGUAUUUUGGCUAUGAUAAUUAUGAUUGUACAACUGUUCAGUGAAUGUAUGUGAACAAUCCUCAAUGGAGUCUGCUCCUGCUUUAGACAAAACCCUGGAUUUUUCUUGCCAUUGCUAGAUGAUGUCAUUAUACUUUUAUAUUUAAAAAGCCUUAAAGAACUCUGACCAAGCACAUGAAAUAUGUGGCUCCUUUAUUCAGUGAAUUAAAAAAAAAUCCUUUUAUUACUCAGCUUUGAAGGUGAAGUGCACUACUGCACUCUAAUAUAAAGAGAUUAUGCUUUUUACAUGACUGACUGAACUGUAAUGGAUGUAGCACAUAAAAUACGUAGCAGGUUAUUAGUAAAUGUCCCACAGCUCUGGGAAAACUUGGCAUUUUCCAGCCAAGGAGGUGUUGUUUCUUUGCAGACUUGGUUUGUAAUCAGAUUCAGUGUGAGUCUCUUACAGUAUUGUUUUAUUAAACCAAAGGGAAAGACCAGUAAA